GCGCGGAGGCCGCUCGCAUCAUCCGGCAACGAUCUGUGCGGGAGAUUCCGGGAAUUCUAGUUAAUUAAAUCGCUGGUGGAUCAUCCGCACUCCCGAAUCGCCGUGCUCCGUUCGCAUCAAAAAGGAUGCUACUCCGGAGACACUCCGGGUUGUUCCGUGCUGGCGUGUUCUGUGCGUGAAACAAGAAAAGAAUGCAGGAAAAUGGUGCCCAACAGCAGUUUUUAACGAGUGUCCUCGGUGGUGCUUCCAGUGGAUGAUGGAACAAGAUCGCUAGCAACGAUCGCAGUUCUCGAUUGCUCACGAUCGCCGGAAUUCCGCGCAGCCACCGCCUGUGAUCGAAGAAGUUACUCCCGUGCGUUAAUUAACUAUCUGCGUCUUCUCCAAAGAAAGGAAAAAUCCUGAAUCAAGAGUGGCCAACGUUCGUGCGCGCCGGCGCGUUCGCUUAUCCGAGUGAAGGCAUUCCGGAGUGAUCUCCGGUGCCGCAGAGUUUCUUGGUAAAUUUCGGAGUGGUGCGCUGUGUUGUUUGGUUGCCUUCGUAGGAUCGUAGGGCAGGUGCGACAAGAAGAGCCCCCUCCCCCAUAUUGCGUUAUCAGUGCGUGUCGUGCGUGAUUCUAUCCUGGGGCAACACGCUGAUUAGUGUCUCAGGGGGUGGCCAGUGUUCCGUUGGAGGGGCGGGGUCUCGGUAUCGAGAGAAGAUGUUCCAUCGUUUUAUCAGGGGCUCCUGCUGCUGCCCUGGCAUGUUCUGCUGCCCUCGUCACUGACUGACGUCACAGCACCAGUGAACGAGUAUGAUUCGAGAUGGAUUCGAGGCAGCAGAAAGACAGUCGACAUCGCCACCGACGCCACCGCCGGUCUGUCGUUGCGGCCUUGCAUCGAUCCACCACCGCCUCCACGGUGCUCAGUCAAAGGGGCCGCACGCCGCGACGAAUCAAAACAACAACUCACGGCGAUGAUGAGGAUGCUGUUCCUGCUCCUCCCCAGCAUAACCCAGUAUCAACGGUGGCCAAGAGGUGCGGCACCGUAACAGGCUUUUUCUAUUUAGUUUUCAUCGGUUGCCUGCUGACGCAAGGAUAUGGAACGGCAGCAGCAGGAGCCGGCGGUACAGCUGCCAGUUCACUGGCCACCAUCGUGCCAGCGGAACCAUCAGCUGCAGCACCCGGCACAAACACGGCCUACUACUCAUCGCCUAGCGGGCCCUCCUCGAUGUUGCUGCUCUUCACCACCUACUACGAUCUGCGGCUACUGAACGUGUCCGUCCACCAGCCGGAUCACACGCUCGGCUACACGAUGGACGUGCUGGUGAAGGACCUCAACGAGGCCUCGGCGAUGGAUUUCUACUACGAGCGGGGCCUGGUGUGCUGGACGGAGAAUACGCGCGAGGCGAUCAAGUGUGGGAACGCCCAGGUGGCGAACGGCACCCGGACGGUGACGAACAAGACGACUGUGAUAACCGACGGGUUGGACAAACCCGAGGGCCUAGCGAUAGACUGGUACACGGAUAAGCUUUACUGGACCGACGGUGGGUCGAACCGGAUCGAGGUCGCCCAGCUCGGUACCGGCGGACGGCACCAGCAGAAGGUGCUCAUCUGGAGCGAUCUCGAUCAACCGCGUGCGAUCGCCCUGGUCCCGGAGCGACGCUACAUGAUCUGGACCGAUUGGGGCGAAAGCCCCAAGAUCGAGCGUGCCAGCAUGGACGGGGAUCCGCAGAGCCGGACGGUGCUGGUGAACGAUCGUAUCUUCUGGCCGAACGGCCUAGCGGUCGAUCUGGUGCAGGAGCUCGUCUACUGGGUGGACGGCAAUCAGCGCUUCCUGGAUGUGAUGGAUCUCGAUGGUAGCAAUCGGAGGACACUCGUGCGCAACCUCGAUUACCCGUACAGCCUCACGUUCACGCCACGUUACCUCUUCUGGACGGAUUGGCACAACGGUACGCUGCACUACUACGACAUCGAACUGGAUCGCCACCGGGAGCUGCUGAGUAAUACGCAAGUGCCGAUCACUGUUCACGCCUGGGAUGCUAGCUUACAGCCAGCGGCCAAAACUGUCACCGGGAAUCCCUGCCGGCGCAACUACGGGAACUGUUCGCACCUGUGCCUUCUGUCUUCCACCAAUCCGGCCGGUUAUAGCUGUGCUUGCCCGACGGGAAUUAAGCUACUCACGGCCACGCAGUGUGCCGAAGGCCCACAGGAUAUGCUGUUCGUCGUGCAACGCUCCCAGAUCAAUCGGAUAUCACUCGAUUCACCGGAUUACAGUGUGGUGCCGCUACCCUGCGGUAAAGUCCGGUACGCGAUCGCCAUCGAUUACGAUCCGGUCGAGAACUACAUCUACUGGUCGGAUAAGGAGGAGAGCGCCAUCAAGCGUGCACCGGCCGAUGGUAGCGGUCCGGCGGAAGAAAUCGUGACGGCCGAAAUACAGGACCCGGACGGACUGGCCGUCGAUUGGCUGGCGCGCAAUCUCUACUGGACGGACACGGGAACGGAUCGGAUACAGGUGUGCCGGUUGGACGGUACCUUCCGGCGUGUCCUGAUCUACGACAAUCUCGUAGAACCACGCGCGAUCGCCCUCGCACCAACGCUCGGCUGGAUGUUUUGGAGCGAUUGGGGUGAAAAGGAUCCCAAGAUCGAACGAGCCUCACUGGACGGUACCGAGCGGGUGCUGAUCGUCUCCCAGAACCUCUUUUGGCCGAACGGAAUUGCGCUCGAUGUGGCAGCACGCAAGAUCUACUGGUGUGAUGCCAAAGCGGACAAGAUCGAGGUGGUGAACAUGGAUGGCUCAGGGAGGAAUACGAUCCUUUCCGAUAAUCUACCGCACGUGUUCGGGCUUAGCCUGCUCGGGGACUACCUUUACUGGACCGAUUGGCAGCGCCGUUCGAUUGAUCGAGCAAACAAACUUACCGGAACGGAUCGGGUCACGAUCGGGGAGAACAUUGCCGAACUGAUGGGCCUAAAGGUGGCUCGGUUACGCGAACAGCAAGGGACGAAUCCGUGCGCGAUCAACAAUGGUGGAUGCUCGCAGCUGUGCCUCAAUCGGCCACGGGAUUACGUCUGUCGUUGUCAGCUCGAUUAUGAGCUUGGGCGCGACAAUAAAACGUGCUUUGUGCCACCUGCCUUUUUGCUCUUCUCGAACCACGGUAACAUCGGGCGGAUUUCAAUCGAUAGCCACAACCAUACGGACUACGCUCCGUUCCGGAGCGUCAUCGAUGCACACUAUCUCGAUGUGGAUGUGGCCGAUCAGCGACUGUACUGGGUGAGCCAGAAGCAGAAGUACAUUUCGCGCGCCUACAUCAACGGUUCGGAUGUGCAACGGAUCGUGGAGACGGGGUUGAUGCAACCGGAAGGGAUCGCCGUCGAUUGGUUGGCCCACAACGUGUACUGGACGGAUGCGGAUGCGAGAAGGAUCGAGGUGGCACGGCUCGAUGGUGGUAGCCGCCGGAUACUGAUCUGGAAGGGUAUCGAGGAACCGAAGAAUUUGAUCCUCGAACCACGGAAAGGGCUCAUGUACUGGACGGAGUGGCCCUCGGAUUCGAUCCGACGGGCGGCGAUGGAUGGUAGCGAGUUAAUGACAAUCAUCUCCGGCACGAACCAUGCGAUCGGUUUGACACUCGAUCCGGAUACACGCCGGCUCUACUGGGCCCGCCAAAGCUCUCCGACGGGGAUCGAGAGUGCCGAUUGGGAUGGGAAACGGCGGACGCGGCUUGUGAUGGCCGAUUCGGGUGAUAGCAACGGGUUCGUACCGGCCGCUGUUACGAUCUACCAGGAUUGGGUGUAUUGGGCCGAUUGGACAACGGGAGAGAUCGGUCGGGCGAACAAGAGUACGGGCGAGAACCGAACGAUCGUGCACACGAACUUGCGCUACACGUACUCGUUGCUUGCGUUCCACCAGGGCCGUCAAUCCGGGUCGAAUCAGUGCCGUACGAACAAUGGCGGUUGUUCGCAUCUGUGUCUGGCCCUUGGGCAACGCAAGAUGACUUGUGCAUGUCCGACGCACUACACGCUGAAUGCGAACCGGGUAUCUUGUACGCCACCGAGGAACUACAUCAUUUUCAGUCAGCGGAACUCGUUUGGACGCUUCGUACCGAACACUUCCGAUUCACCGGACAUUCCGUUGCCAGUGACGGGAAAGAAUAUCCGCGCCGUUGAGUAUGACGUGCUGACGCGUCACAUCUACUGGAUCGAUGGACGUGGUCCCGUGAUACGGCGAGCGUUCGAUAACGGUACCAACGCGAAGGUUUCGAUCAAUCCCUCAUCCACACCGUUCGAUAUGGCGAUCGAUCCGAUCGGUCGGUUACUCUUUUGGAGCUGCUCUCACACCAACACCAUCAACAUAACGACCCUGGAUGGUAAUAUCAUCAGCAUUGGUAACGUGGACAUCGGGCGAACGGAGAAACCUCGCAGCUUGGCGUUGCAUCCCAUGAAACGGUUGCUAUUCUGGACGGAUGUCGGUGCCGCCCAAUCGAUCACGCGUGCCAAACUAGAUGGUUCCCAGCGCGUCGAGCUCAUUACGAAGCUGGAAGGCAUUCAGGCACUGGCACUCGAUCCUCAGCUAAACCGAUUGUUUUACGCACACGGCAAGCGAAUCGAUACGAUGGACAUUAACGGCCAGAAUGUGAGAACGCUGGUCGCGGAACACAUUAGCAUGGUAUCGUCGAUUGCCGCACUCGAUGGGUUCAUCUAUUGGCUCGACGAGCGACCCGUGAUGGAACGCAUCUCGGUCAAUGGUGAUAAUCGACGGGUGGAAAUCCACAAAAACCCCCACAUGACAGACAUUGUAGCCGUGUGGACCCCCGAAGAGCGCACGCUGCGUAAUCACACCUGCAACACGGCACGGGCCGAGUGUAGCCACAUUUGCAUCGGUUCACCGGACGAUCUACCGUCGGAGCACGUCUGUGCCUGCCCUCAAGGUUUGAUGCUGCUGAAAGAUCGCCGUAGCUGCGGUGAGCAACCGAUCUGUGGACCGGAUCAUUUCACGUGUGCCGCACCGAACGAACUGUCCGAUCGGGAUGGUAACAAGGAGUGUAUUCCCUCUUCGUGGCGCUGCGAUGGUCAGAAAGAUUGUCCGGAUCGAUCGGACGAGAUGGAUUGUCCAACGUGCCGGGGCGAUCAGUUCAAGUGUCAAUCGGGUGAAUGCAUCGAGAAGCAUCUCGUGUGCGACGGUACAACGCAGUGCCGGGAUGGAUACGAUGAGGCGGUUUGCUGUAAGCACCCUGAGGACUUCCAGUGCCCCACGAGCAAAGUGUGCAUUUCGUUCCACAACGUGUGCGAUGGCGAUGAGCACUGUGCCCGGGGUGAAGAUGAGGCACCGGAACUGUGCAGUGAGUUCAGUAACCGGAGGAUGGCACCCAAUUCGAACAAGAUCACGCUCCUGAUCGUAGUGGUGGUGGCGGUGGCCAUCGUUUUUGUGGUGGUUUAUCUACUACAAACCUUCCGCACACGAUUCGGUGCCGGUGCCGGUGGUAUGGAACCGAAAGAGUGUGAUCAGGCCGCCGCUCCUUUAUCACCGGGUGGUGCCGGCGUUCUCAAUAAGAAUAUCCGGGUGUCCAAGUUGACUUCGGUUGCGGAAGCGGUCCGAAUGUCGACACUCAACAGUCGCAGCAGUGCGAUGAGUAGUGCGUACGAUCGGAAGCACAUAACGGGUGCCAGCAGUUCCGAUACGAACGGGAGCAGCUUGAUCGGUUAUCCGUUGAACCCACCACCAUCGCCUGCUACGACGGCCGGUUCGGCUGGUCGCUACUGUAACAGCUACCAUCCGUACAAACACUACAAAAUCAUUAACCAACCCCCGCCACCGACACCGUGCUCAACGGAUGCGUGCGAUGAAAGUGAUUCGAAUUACACCAGCAAAAGCAAUCGAAGCCAACGGGGCCACGGUUCGGGUACGGGUGGUGGUACGAGUAGUUCGCUCGGUAGUGGCAGUGGACGCCAUGCGCACAUCAGUGGCAGUAACGGUGGUAGUAACUGUGGCGGGAAGUACAAGGAUCGUUGCUACGAUCCGGAACCAUAUCCACCGCCACCAACACCACACUAUCAUAGUGACAUCGGUGGGAUGCUACCGGAGAGUUGUCCACCGUCACCGAGCUCCCGCAGCUCGACCUACUUCUCACCGUUGCCACCACCUCCCUCACCAGUACCGUCACCAUCGAGAGGCUUCUCGUAGCAACUAAGGUCCGGUGUCGACGCUGGUGCUGGCGCUGAAGAUGACGGUUGUGAGCUGCUGGAAAGCGUUGCUCUUGUAUCCGGCAAAUUCUAACUUCCUCAUCGGGACCACCAGCCAGCCAGCAAGCCAGCCAGUUCACCGUAACUUUUGGUUCCUUCCUGCUUUGCGCGUGUGCCAUCUUCAUGUUUUGAAAGAAGGAAAGAAGGACAGAAUUAGAGAGAGAAAACGAGCGAGAGAUCCUUCACAUUUUUUUCAUUUAAUUUCAUUUCAUCGUUGACAAUCUGUGUAGUUUAGGAUGUGCGUAGUCGCCGUUUGUAUAAAACCGAGAUUAACUUUACUCCCACCCCCGUCCCUUGCUCAGUAGAUCGACCAGUACAUGCCAACAGAAAGUGCCUCAAACUGUGCCGCGUAGGACAACCGUAGAACCGAGCGAUCUACAGCCAAGUAUGGGAUAUAGCCUUAUCAUGAGGAGAUAGAUAGCGUUAGAACACUGUACCCCCCGGACGGCGUUUAUGAGAAUCAGUAGGUUAAGCAUUUGUAAAUAGUGUCCCCUCAACCAUCCAGUUCCCUUCACACUACCCCUUUACUAAGCAUUAGCUUUCCAACGCCUCCCAGUUCAUGUCCUUUUCUCGCUCUGUGCCAAUGGUGCACGUUUAUCAAAACACAAAAUGGAGAAACCAAACCCCAAAGAUCAAUUUUGUGAUCGUUUGGUUAAUAAGACUGAAUGCACUAUCCGAGGAGAGUGAGAACAGGGCAUGAACGGCGCCAUGGGUGGCGAUGCAGCUCCUCAUCUAUCUAGUGCUUCCGCCUGUUAGUUAUACAUAUAGAAAGGCAGCUACACUCUCCCCGGUUGGGUGGGGAACGAAACGAAGCAAUAUCACAAAGAUUUCCAUCAUUCAUCGAUCGUGUUCUUCCUGAUGGUGGCUAACAGCCCACGAUAGUAUAUUUCGACCAACAAUCGGAAUCCCAUCGAUUUUUGGAGCUAUUUUUGUUGUCUAGAGUGUGUGUUAGUAGUGUGACCAAUCCAGAUUUGGACGAAAUUGUUAGGAACAAUUUAUAGCGGAAUGUUUUAGAGAGAAUAUUAACGCCCCGCGCGGAAGUCGCCUUGUUGGAGACGGUGUUUACUGUUUAAAUCGGAAGAUACUUAAGAGGAUCGUACGUGUUAUAGGUACGUCAGGCGAAACAAAAUCGAACAAUGAAGAAAUUACGAAGAAAUGCA